AUGGCAAGGCAGCAACCAGCAAAACACCUUGAUAGCAUUUCAGCAGCUCUCUCUCAGCCUUAUGACGCCACAACGCAGACAGCGAGAGCCUCCUGCCAAACAUGGUCUGACCUGAGAAUAUCCGAAACCCUUCUAUACCAGACCACACAGAAACCAACCCCUCCCAGCAUGAUAUCGCGGAUUGCAAGUCGCAGGCUGUGUGCCGCGGCCUCUCGGCGAGCCGGCAGCAGCAGAAGCGGUGAGAGUGCGGGUUGGAAUGCCAGAUCGGUGCAGAGACGGUGGAUGACGCCUGCGCCGAAGCCCGGCGAUGGGCCCAUGAUGUCGAGACGAGCCGAUCGCGAGCUUCCCGACGUCGGCCAAGUCUCGCAAGGAUGGCGCCGCACGAUGCCCAUCUUCCUCGCCGUCGUGGCCGUGUGCUCCGUCACAAUCUUCAACUACCAAAAGUCCUCGUCGCCCAUCAUCUCGUCCACGCUCUACGCGCUGCGCACCUCCCCCGAGGCCAACCGCCUGCUCGGCGACGAGAUCUACUUCAAGCACCAGAUCCCCUGGAUCAGCGGCGAGAUGAACCAGGUCAAGGGCCGCAUCGACAUCAGCUUCUCCGUGCGCGGGUCAAGGGGCGCGGGCGUCAUGCGCUUCGCUAGCCACCGGCCCUCGAGCAAGGCGCUCUUCGAGACGACGGAGUGGAGCUUGACGCUGGAGGACGGGACAAAGGUGGAUUUGCUGGAUGGGAAUGAUCCGUUUAGGGGGUUGUUGGGCGGGGAGGAUGAGGAUGAUUUGCCGUUGGUGGAGGAUGAGUCGACGAAGGGGUUUAGACAGCAGGGUGCGUACAAUAGGUGA